CAAGAAAUCAAAUUGGUGCUUCAGACCCCCAUAAAAUUCUCAACCUUACAUGCAUGCAGAGUCUUUCCAGGCUUCAGUCCCCCGCCGUCGAGGUUCUCUCUCGAAGUAGGCCUCUGAUCUCCCCAGAACAAUGAUGCUGGCUGCCUGAAGUCGACAUGCCCCGCGCACCAAAAUCCACGCGAAACACCCCGGGCCUUCCCUCCACGACUUUCGUCCUGGACGACGGUGGCUACAGCAUCAAGGCUGGCUUCGCACCCUCCGACCCCGUACCAGACACGGACGCCUUGCGACGAUGUCAUAUCAUCCCAAACUCCAUCGUCCGCAGCCGUGACAGAAAAGUCUACGUCGGUUCCCAAUCCGAGGAAAUCACACAAUGGAGCGAAGCCUUGUUUCGUCGCCCUGUCGAAAAUGGCCAAGUCGUGAGCUGGGAAGCGCAGAAAGAGAUAUGGGACCAAUCAUUCUUCGAUGAGCGAGUUGCUAAGAAGGAUCUUCUGGUUAAAAGUCCCGGGGACACCACCUUGAUCUUCACAGAGCCACCCAAUACUAUGCCUGCUUUCCAGAAGAAUGCAGACGAGAUUAUUAUGGAAGAGUGGGGGUUUGGAGGCUAUACCAGGGUAAUUGGCCCGUCACUUAAUGCCUACAACGAUCUUCACCCACUAUUCGAAGGAGCAUCCUACACAAAGCCAGGCAACGAUCCUAUGGCAGACCUGCCGAUGGAAUGUGUGCUCGUGAUCGACAGCGGCUACAGCCAUACCACCAUCACGCCGCUGUUCAAUGGCCGACCAUUGCACCGAGCAGUCCGCCGGUUAGAUUUUGGCGGCAAGCAUCUUACGAACCUUUUGAAAGAAGCCAUCUCCGUGCGGCACUUCGACUUGCAUCAAGACACCAAGAUCGUCAAUGACAUUAAGGAAGACGUCUGUUUCGUCAGCAAGGAUUUCCGAAAGGACCUGGAAAAGACCUGGAAGGGAAACAAACCGAAGCAGAGAUCCGUGCCCGCAAAAUCCAAGGAUUCGGACGACGCUAUGGACGCCGAACAGAUGGUCUCGCCGGAAGAUGAGGAGAUCCGAGUCGACUAUAUUCUCCCUGAUGGCAUCCGCCUUCUUCGAGGGUUUAGCCGUCCUCACGAUCCCACCCCCGCCGCUGCGCGCAAGCGCAAACAGGUCGCCGUCUCCUCCGAGCCCGACGCCGAAAUCUCAAUGACGUUGGGAAAUGAACGCUUCUCUAUCCCAGAAAUUAUCUUCUCACCUGGCGACAUUGGCUCGAAGCAGCCUGGGUUACCGGAUAUUGUGAUGCAAUCCCUUAGUGUCCUCCCGCCGCUCUUGCAAGUCACCAUGCUCAGCAACGUCCUUUUAGUCGGCGGGAAUGCGCAAAUUCCUGGCUUUCUGGAGCGGCUCGAAGCCGAGCUGCGUAUGAGGGUGAAGACCGAAUGGAUGGUUCGAGUUCGUAAGAUGGCGGACCCGAUCACGUCGACUUGGCUUGGGGGCGCCAGGUUGGCGAGUGGAUUUCCUGGGAUUGUCAGAGAGUAUGGUGUUACCAGAGAAGAGUACCUUGAACAUGGAAGUGCGUGGGUUGCGAGGCGAUUUGUGAGUGGAGGCAGUGGUAAAGGUCCUUGAAAGAUUGAGGACACCUGCAUUGUGGGGUUCUAUUCGAUCAUGGACUAUUGCCAGGAUGAGGCCAAGGCGAGGAGUGAUCUGACUGCAGAUCCAACAACGACCUCUAGGUAGCUUGCCUACCUCCCUACGCGAGGUACCAAUACCUCUUAAGGCCCCGCUUCCACGUCAAUCCAGACGCAUCUGAGCUGAGAUGCGUCUGAGCGAAAUCCUGACCACAGAACGCCAUCCCAACAUCCACCCAUCCAAUUGUAUACCUGAUGGCGGGGAAUGCGCUGGUUCAUGGCUGCAUUGUCUGCGGUUUGAUGGAAAAGGAAUUGGGGAGAACCGUGAUCGGUCCAGCUACUGGCAUUUUGGGCGCGUGAGUGUUAAUAUCGUCUAAUUGCAGCCAAGACGAUGAUGCCUGAGGACGGCCGAGUGUUUGAGGAACCGGGCCGCAGCCACCAGCGAGUUGCCUGGUGACGAUGGUGAUGCUCAGGUCCCGAAAGUUUGUGGGAAAUGCGGCUCCAAAGCGAGGAGGGUCGUCGAGAGAAAUAGUCUCGGAUGCCCCUGGCUGCACAGCAACAGCAGGCAGGUCGUUUUGGAGGUGUAAGAGCAGCUAGCUCUCUUCCAGGAAAACGGAGAUCAGAUGCGCUGAAGGCGGUCGGUCUGCCUUGCCAAAUACCUUCGACGAUGCACCAGCACUACCUCGAAAUGCAGAAUGAGAUGAGUCAAUGUUCCCCAUCAUUCCAAAGGGGAAGCUGCCUGGGUCUAUUCAAAGCCCAAUUCCACGCGUACAUCAGGCCAACGCACGCGGCUGCUGCAAAAACUGCAUGCCGUACGAGAUUCGGCGUCUGAGGAGCGUCGAUGUGGUGGUGGAGAUUGAUAUCUCCUGCAUCUCCUUGGGCUCUGGCUUUAGGGGGAGUCGCCGUUGCCGUCGCCGCUGCCGCCGCUGCCGCCGCUGCAUCUGGAUCUGUCUCCAGACCUUCUGUAUCUCUGGCCUCGUCCCCGGCCUUGGUAGUUGGCUGUUCGUCACGAGUGUCUGCAAACUCCCGAGCCGCAGACUCGUCCUCGUCCUCGUCCGUCUCCGAGCCCCAGCCUUCGUCUGCGCUGUCUUCAUCGUCAUCGUACAGGAAAUUCGCGGGCGGAUCUAGGUACAGUCCCUCGUCGUCGUCGUCGUCGUCGUCGUGGCCAUCGAAUUGCUCAGACCCUGAUUCAUCGUCUGCCAGAUAUGCGUCGGUCGGGUACGCGCCCUCGGGGUACUCGCCUGCAGGAUAGCGGGGGUCGUCGGAGUAUUCGACCCGGAGGGAGUGGUCCGGGUAGGCGCUGUCGAAGUAGUGAUAUGCGCGGAAGCGCUCGCGCUCGCGCUCGUCGGCACGGUCGUCCUCGGCUGCGGUGUCGUCGGCGAAUAGGCCGCGGUCAUCACGCUCUGCCCGUGAGUUGUCCCUGGAUCUGAGACUGGAUCUAGUAUGAGCUAGACGAUGUACCUGCGACGUGGCGAUGUCUACGAACGGGUAGCUUCGAGGCCUGGGGACCGGCAUCGGAGGCAUCGGGUCGUCGACGAGCUCCAUGGCCUUGGCCAUGGAUUGAGUCUGCAUCGCGGGGGGGUUGGACGCUGGUGUCUUGGUCAUUUUUGCCAUCUGCUAGGGUUGGAGAUUGGGAUGCUGCGAUGUGGAAGGAAGCAAAAGCAAAGACGAGACAAGAAGCUUCACAAGAAAAGGGAUGAGAACAAACGAAGUGUCAAGAUACAAACGAAGUUUUGAAAGUAAUGCUCAUUCUCACGGUGACGUUUUCC